AUGGCCAACGCGGCUUUCCUCGCCUCGUUCGCCUGGCAGAUUGCAUAUUCCCUGGCGGCUCCUACUCCAGGCACCACCACCCCCGCCACCCCCGUCGCCGACCCGGGCUGGAAAAAGGAGCCGAGAGGGCGGGGGACCUUCAGCAUCCUCUCGAGCUCCGUAUUGACUCUUGCCCUAUGCGUCUGGACAGCCAUUCAUCCGAACAUCAGGCCGGGUGUCUCGUCCAGGCGGAGGGUAGUGCAUAAACUCCUCCUCGUCAUCCUCGGGAUGUUGGCCCCGGAGGUUGUGCUGGCAAUCGCCAGUGGCCAGUGGCGGGAGGCGCGAAGGUUCCACCGGAACUGGUGUAAGUUUUAUGGUGUAGAUCCCGGCAGUAAGGGGGACACCCUUCGCAUGCAGGGUGCAUUUUUCGUGACUAUGGGCGGAGUGUCACUCGUACCGGCGCGCACGAUACCAGCAUCGAUCCACAAUACUGUCAGCCCGGACGGUUACCUCAAGCUGAGUCGGACGGGGGUCAGCCUGGAGGUUAUUGAGGCGACCAGGACGGAGGUCGAGGACGGGUCCGAGCUGGAGAGGCUCAUUUCGGCGAAGCCGGAACCUGGGGGGGUAGGGGAACCGGCCAAGAAGUCUCCGGAGGAAGGAAUCCUAAAGAAAGAAUUCAUACACUUUCUCGAUGUGCAGGACAAGGCGAAAGCGGAGAUGCUGGGCAAGACCCUGGCGUGUCUGCAGGCACUGUGGAUGCUUAUGCAGUGCAUUGUGCGCAAGGCCGGCGGUCUCCCCGUUACCCUCCUAGAGAUCCAUGUCGCGAUGCAUGUCGUCUGUGCCGUCGGAAUGUACGGCUUCUGGUUGAACAAGCCGCAGGACGUAGGCGAGCCGAUCUCGGUUAUUACUCACGGUGACCGAACGCAGAAUCUCGUGGAGGUUGCGUAUAACCAGAAAUGGUACAACAACGAGUACACCGGCCUGAAGGUUGAGGUGGGGGAGUUCAACGAGUUCAGACGAGACAGAACCGACGAUGAGAUUCACGAUGUCCAGCCUUUACCCACGACAACGAGUGUCCUCUUUCUUGGUUAUAAGAAAAAAGCCCCCGAUGACGAUGAGGACGAUGACCCUGCACGCUUAGUAGUGCCAUACGAGCACGUGCUUGAUCUCGUCCAUAUACGUAUCGGCUUUCCCAAGCGGCACAAAAAAGAGAAAUACGAUAUCCGUAUGCCCUAUGGAGCCCUCAGCUUUUACACACAUGCUGCUCAAGCUAUCGGCGCUGGCAGGCGACCUGCAUUGCCCCUGGUGGACUUAAUGCCACUCGUCUCCCUUGGCGACGCCAAGCUCGCCUUGGACGACACACACGUCUCGCACGCAUUUCCUGCCAUCUUCAUCAUACUUGCAUACGGCGGCUGCCAUGCAGCUGCUUGGAAUACCCAUUUUCCAUCACCCGUGGAAUGCUUACUUUGGCGCUUGUCCUCGGUGGUGAUUGCUGUUCUCCCCGGGUACUGUUUGUUUGCCUAUUCGUUGCACAACAGCGGCCGUCACACUCUUUACCAUAUAUUCACACUCUUUAUGCGUAAGGUCCCUGGGCGUCUAUUCUUCCGCGCGUUCGUGGUCCCCGUUGUAACCAUCUUGACCCUGGCCGUUAUCUUUGGGCGAGUAUAUCUACUCAUAGAGUCUUUCCUGAGUCUUAGAAGUCUGCCUUGGGGUUCUUUUGAUAGCACGCCGUGGGAGGAUUACUGGCCCCACUUUUGA